AUGAGCAUAAAUGAGGACGCAAUUACAAACGAACAACGUAGAGAUCUAUUUACUAUAUGGAACUAUGAUGGGAAGAUAGCAUACCAAGACAUCAUUGAUGCAACCGAACAAUUUGACCCCAAGUAUUGCAUUGGUGUGGGAGGACAUGGAAGUGUUUAUAAAGCAGAGUUGUCAACAGGUCAACUAGUAGCUAUUAAGAAGAUCACCUCUUAUUCAGAUGGCGAGAUUUCUGAUCAACAAACUUUCAGAAAUGAAAUUCUUAUGAUGACGGAAGUGCGACAUCGAAAUAUCGUGAAGUUGUAUGGUUUCUGUUCCCAUGUACGACACUCAUUUUUGGUGUAUGAAUAUGUGGAGAAAGGAAGCUUGUCUAAGAUCCUACGCAUGGACGAAGAAGCGGUAGAAUUGGAUUGGACUAAAAGGGUUAAUAUCGUUAAAGGUGUAGCCCAGGGUCUAGCUUACUUGCACCAUGACUGCUCACCACCAAUAAUUCAUCGAGACAUAUCAAGCAACAAUAUUUUGUUGGAUUCAGACUUUGAGCCUCAUGUCUCAGAUUUCGGCAUAAGUAGAUUUCUAAAGCCUGAUUCAUCCCAUUUGACAGCUCUUGCAGGAACAUAUGGAUAUUUUGCCCCAGAACUUGCUUACACAAUGAGGGUGACCGAAAAAUGUGAUGUCUAUAGCUUUGGUGUAGUAACAUUUGAAGUGAUGAUGGGAAAGCAUCCAGGAGAAAUCAUCUCCACUUUGUCAUCAUUAUCCUAUUCAGCAUUGCCAUCUUCUGAACAAAACAUACUAUUGAAGGAUAUAAUUGACCAGCGCAUCUCACCCCCCAUAAAUCAAGUUAAUGAGAAAUUGGCUUUGAUUAUGAAGCUGGCUUCUUCUUGUUUGCAUGAAAAUCCACAAUCUCGGCCAAGCAUGCAACAUGUGUCUCAAGAGCUAUCAAUUUGCAGUGUUUUCCAAAGCAACUCCUCGCAUUGAAUCUUAAGAUGUGAAUUUAGU